GGAAGGAAUGGGGAAUGGGGAAUGAGGAGGACUGUCGUCAUGAUUGAAGACUGGGUCUGAUGGGUUGCCAUCUUGACUUGCUGUUGGGGGGGAAGUCGUCCCCUUUGAACAGUGAUCUGAUCUCCGUAUAGGAGAAGAAGAAGGCCAAGAAUUCAAGAAGCUUGGUCUUUCAAUUUGACACUCAAUCCUCAUGGUACGAUUGCAGGCACAACCAACAGCGCCCCCGCAGCCGCAGCCGCAUCCGCAGCCGCUGGGAACGCAGAACCAAGCCGCAGCGGCGGCCUCGCCACUCGUCCGGCGGCUCUUUGAGAUUCUCUUCUACGCUCAGCUGAUUCUUGUGGUGAUCUUGACCAUAGUGCUCACGGUCCGCGGCCUCCUCUCGGCCAAGAGCCACAACUUCCACCCGGUGAAUUGGUACCCUCCGCUCCUCACUGCCGUGGCAUGUGCCGGGAUCGCUGGUUUCUCAUGGCACUUGUACAUCGUGAAAAACCCCGCAAGAGCCGUGAAGGCAGCAUUUUGGCUGAGUCCCUUGUUGACUUGUGCAUUCGGCGUGUUGCUUGUGACGAUCGAGUCCUCGGUGGGUUUGGCCUUCGGAAUAGUCGCGAUUAUUUCUGGGCUGAUACAGUCAUUGUACGGAUGCUGGGUUAACCAUCGGUUUGAAUAUGCCGGCCGGAUUCUAUGGGUAUCCACAGUUUUCCCACCGACUCACACUACCGUUUUGGUCGGGCUUUCCAUCGUAGUCUCCGUCGCUUACUCGGGCUUCCUGGUGUGCGGGAUUGGAGGAGCGACCGCCACCGCGACCACCUGGGACGUCGUCUUCAUCUUCAUCAUCUUGCUCCACUUUACAUGGACCAUGCAUGUCAUCAAGAACUUGUUGCAAGCGACGAUAGCCCGUGUCAAGUACAUGAACUUUGGUUAUGGGGCAAAUGUGGACACUCGCGAGGCUUCCCAAGACACGAUGAAAUACCUGAUCGGGAGCGUCUCUAUGGGUUCCGCCAUGGUCCCGAUCAUUGGCACGGUCCGAGGCUCUGCACGUGCACUCAGCUCUAUCGGAGGAGGGUCAGAUGAAUUCUUGUUCUCGUGCACUGAUUGCUACUCCGGCAUCGCUUUGACGCUGAUUACAUGCGGGAACAGAUGGGGAUUUGUACAUGUCGGAGCCCUCAACAAAGGGUUUGUGCAAGCAUCGAGGGAUGCUUGGGAGACUUUCAAUAGGGCCGGAUUACAACCCUUGAUCGACUCUGAUCUGACCGGGGUGUUUUGCUUCUUCUGUGGUCUAACCGGUGGAGCAAUAUCUGCCCUAGCGGGCGGUACCUGGGCACUAGCAGUUCAAAAGGGUUAUGCUACAGAGGUGUCCCUGUAUGCUUUCUUGAUUGGCUAUUUCAUGAGUCGAAUAUCAGUGGCAUGGGCACAAGCAUCUGUUUCAGCAUACUAUGUUGCUUAUGCGGAGAACCCAAACAACGAUCGGUUCGACUCGACCAUCCCAUCUCGUCUCGAAGCAAUGCGGAGAUAUGGGCAUUAGAGCACACUACUUUGAAGCGAACUGCUGUUUCAUAGAGAGCUCGACAUUCUCGUUGGGUCAGUAAAGAGUCUGUACAGCAAAACAAUUCACAGAGAACCAUACUGAUGUUUCUUUAGUUUUUCUUUUCGGGACAUCUUCUUUUAUUCUUACCAUUGCAUAUACAAAAGCUUCAGCGAUACAAUCACAUCUGUUCUUUAA